AUGAGUAACUUCAGUGUGGUUAGGGGAUUUGUACUGCUGGGAUUGAAACACCUCCAUGAGUUCCAGGUCCUACUGUUUGCAUUCAUCCUUUUGAUAUGUGUGCUGACAGUGCUGGAGAACCUGGCCAUUAUUACCCUCACAUGCCUUGACUCCUGCCUCCACUCACCCAUGUACUUCUUCCUCUGUAACUUCUCCCUCAUGGAGAUGCUGGUCACCUCCACUGUGGUUCCUAGGAUGCUGGCAGACCUGCUGUCUCAGAAGACCAUUUCCCUGGCUGAGUGCCUGAUCCAGUCUCUCUUUUACUUCUCCUUGGGUUCUACCAACUUUGUGAUUCUCACAGUCACGGCCUUUGAUCACUAUAUGGCCAUCUGCCGCCCUCCGCACCACCCAACCAUCAUGAAUGGUCCAGUGUGUAUGAAGCUGGUGGCAGUCUGCUGGGUGGUUGGCUUUGUCUCUAUCAUCUCCCUGAUCCUGCAGAAAACACGGCUCUGGUUCUGUGGCCCUAAUGUCAUCGACCACCACUUUUGUGACUCUUCCCCACUUCUCAAGCUUUCCUGCUCUGACGCCUGCCACGUUGAGUGCAUGGAUUUCUUCCUGUCCUUGCUCUUCAUGCUGGCCACCAUGCUGCUGAUCAUAGUGUCCUAUAUCCUCAUUGUGGCUGCAGUGCUGCACAUCCCCUCUUUCUCUGGGCACCAGAAAGCCUUCUCCACCUGUGUCUCCCACCUCACUGUGGUGGUUCUGGGCUAUGGUAGUGACAUCUUCAUCUAUGUGAGGCCAGGCAAGGGCCACUUCACACACUUCAACAAAGUGGUGGCUCUGAUGACUGUAGUGGUGACCCCUUUCCUGAAUCCCUUCAUCUUCACCUUCCGGAAUGAGAAGGUCAAGGAGGUCAUUGGAGAUAUGACCAAAAGUCUCCUCCUCAGAGACCCAGCAGCCCGUGGAUGA